CUUGAAUCCAGACUCAAUUGACACGAUUUAAAAAAAAUUGCUCGAGAUCAGAAGCCUUUUAUCAGAGUCUACACUCUUUUAUUUCACACGCUCUUCAGGAUUUAGUGGAUGGUCCUGAAUACCACCUAUGCCUCGGGUACCCGAACUGAGGGGCACGCCAAUUGCUGAAUGGAGAAGAGCCUCUUAACAAGGCUCCUAAUAAUGGACUCGGCUAGUCAUGUCAUAUAUAGUACUCUGAAUUCCCUUGAAUUCUAUCGGAGCUAGUCCAGUUCACUCAAGAAAAAAAAAUUUCAAUUGGCCAGUAACGAUGCCUUGGUUGUCUCAAGAACAUGUUGACCUACCGUGUCAGGACGCAGUGUCAUUUGCACUUGACAACUGCGACUAUGAUCCAGACAAGCCAAUCUAUUAUGACGUGCAUGACACCUCUCGGAGCAUAUCAUGGAGGCAGGCGAAUGUAAUGGUCCGUAAACUCGUUGCCGGAUUCCGAAAGGCAGGUCUGAAGAAGGGCGACUGCUUCAGCAUUACCAGUUUUAACGAGAUCAUGUUCAGCAUGCUAUUUCUCGGCGGCGUCGGCGCGGGUGGUAUCUUCAGCGGUAUGAACCCAGCGUACGGCCCCUUCGAAGUCAGGCAUCACAUUAAGACGGCUGAUGUCUCGUUCUUUCUUUGCGAGCCGGAGGUCCUGGAUUCUCUUGUCAAGGUCUUAGACGAGGACGGUAUCGGGCGUGACAAACUUUUCGUUUUCAAUACGAAACCGGAACAGAAGGUCCCACCAGGAUUUAGAAGCUGGACCUGGUUGCUUGAGCAAGGAAGCGAAGAAUGGGAGCGCAUCACCGAUCCCGAAACUCUCAAAAACCUCGAACUGAGUCGUUUGACAACAAGUGGAACAACAGGGCCUCCCAAAUUUGCUAUGCAAACUCAUUGGAACGGAACCUCCUACCAUACAUUGGUGAGCAAAGGCCGCGAGGUACCUUGGGAGCCAAAAACGUUGAGCGUGUUGCCAUCAUUCCACGUCUCAACGGUUCCAGCAGUCCACGUUUCUCCGUUGAGAAGUGGCAACACGAUAUAUAUAAUGCGUCGUUUCGAUCUCGAGGGCUACAUGGCAGCCAUCGAGAAGUUCAAGAUCACGGACCUGGGAAUGGCGCCUCCGCUGGUCAUCGCCAUUAUCAUGUCACCUCUCAACAAAAAGUACUCUCUGAGGAGCGUUAGGCGGAUUGGAUGUGGCGCGGCGCCACUUGAUGCGGAGAGCCAGAACCGAUUGCAAGCGCUCUGCGCCGAAGAUUGUGUUUUCACCCAAGUCUGGGGCAUGACGGAGACGACUUCGGCACUGAGUAUUUUCAGGUGGCCGGAACAAGACUGGACAGGCUCCGUGGGCAACAUUUUCUUAGAAGGAACGGACGUGAAAUUGGUGGAUGAUGACAACAACGACAUCACUGCUUACGACACGAGAGGUGAAAUCUGUGUCCGAGGCCCUACAAUUAUCAAAGGCUACUAUAAGAACGAGAAAGCCACCAAGGAAAGCUGGGACGAAGAGGGAUAUUUCCACACUGGCGAUAUCCUGUACUGCGAUGGAAAAACGAAGAAGUGGUAUGUGGUAGACCGCAAGAAGGAACUUAUCAAAGUUCGAGGAUUCCAAGUGGCGCCGCCAGAGUUGGAAGGGCUCCUGCUCGCUCAUCCAGAGAUCGCAGACUGCGCGGUGAUUGGCGUUCCAGGGCCAGGAAAGGGAGAGGAACUCCCGCGAGCGUUUGUAGUGAGACAGCCGGGCUCGACGCUUACGGAAGACGACGUUAAGAAGAUCAUCUCAGACCAGCUGGCGAGCUAUAAACGGUUGACUGGUGGGGUUAGGUUUGUAGCUGAAAUACCCAAAAGCCCGAACGGCAAGAUCUUGAAAAGAAUCCUGAGAGAGCAAGUCGCUGCAGAGAACAAAGCGAAGGCAGCGAAGCUGUGAUUUCAGGUCUCUUCAAGCGGCAUUGGAAGGAGUAUUUGCAAAUUGGACUUUGCGGGAUGAGUCUAGUUCUAGAUGGUUUGAAAGAAUUCGCCUGGUUGAUAAUCAUCUUCGAAUCGUACACUGCCAAAGUGUUGCAAGCACUCC